AACCAUGACCCGUCGCAUCGCCAUUCUCGAGUCGCCUCCGCUGUCUCUCCACUCUCACUCAGUGAGGCUGCAACGGGGACGCCAUGGCCCCGGCCGCCGCCGCCGCCGCCAUCGCCACGGGCAUCCCGCUCAAACCGCACCACCAAUGCGAAAGCCGCAACCACCACCACUUUCCCCUCCCCGCGACGGGUUCCCGGGGCCUCCACGCCACGCGCUUGAGGUGCUCGACGGUAUCCCCCACCACGACAUCCACCUCCGCUCCGGCCGCGCCUCUCCGGCCGUCGGCGCCCACGGAGCCACGGAAGGGCGCGGACAUCCUCGUGGAGGCCCUCGAGCGGUGCGGCGUUCGCGACGUGUUCGGCUACCCGGGCGGCGCGUCCAUGGAGAUCCACCAGGCGCUCACGCGCUCCCCCACGAUCCGCAACCACCUGCUCCGCCACGAGCAGGGCGAGUCCUUCGCCGCGUCGGGGUACGCGCGCGCCUCCGGCCGCCCCGGCGUCUGCGUCGCCACCUCCGGCCCCGGCGCCACCAACCUCGUCUCCGCGCUCGCCGACGCGCUGCUUGACUCCAUCCCGCUCGUCGCCAUCACCGGCCAGGUCCCGCGACGCAUGAUCGGGACCGACGCCUUUCAGGAGACGCCCAUCGUCGAGGUUACCCGCUCAAUCACCAAGCACAACUACCUGGUUCUCGACGUCGACGACAUCCCCCGCAUUGUCCAGGAGGCCUUCUUCCUCGCCUCGUCCGGUCGCCCUGGCCCGGUCCUGGUCGACAUCCCCAAGGAUGUCCAGCAGCAGAUGGCUGUGCCGUGCUGGGAGACGCCCAUACGCCUACCAGGCUACAUUGCGCGCCUGCCCAAGCCGCCGUCCACCGACCUGCUCGAGCAAGUGAUACACCUUGUUGGCGAGGCUAGGAGACCCAUCCUUUAUGUCGGCGGUGGAUGCUCUGCGUCUGCUGAUGAGCUGCGUCGCUUCGUCGAGCUCACAGGCAUCCCGGUGACAACUACUCUCAUGGGUCUCGGAAAUUUCCCCAGUGAUGAUCUCUUGUCUCUGCGCAUGCUUGGGAUGCACGGGACAGUCUAUGCAAAUUAUGCCGUGGAUAAGGCUGACCUAUUGCUUGCAUUUGGUGUGCGAUUUGAUGAUCGUGUGACCGGAAAAAUCGAGGCGUUUGCGAGCAGGGCCAAGAUUGUGCACAUUGACAUUGACCCGGCAGAGAUUGGGAAGAACAAGCAGCCGCACAUCUCCAUCUGCGCAGAUGUCAAGCUCGCUUUGCAGGGCAUGAAUGCGCUGCUGGAGUUGAGCACUGAACACAAAAGUUUUGACUUCAGUAAUUGGUGCUCGGAGUUAGAGCAGAAAAAGAAUGAGUUCCCACUGUCUUAUAAAACAUUUGGGGAAGCCAUUCCACCACAAUAUGCCAUCCAGGUGUUGGACGAGCUGACGAAUGGGGAGGCAAUCAUUGCCACUGGUGUUGGGCAACAUCAGAUGUGGGCAGCUCAGUAUUAUACCUACAGAAGACCAAGACAUUGGCUGUCAUCUGCUGGGCUAGGGGCAAUGGGGUUUGGGUUGCCGGCAGCUGCUGGUGCUGCAGUGGCCAAUCCAGGUGUUACGGUUGUUGACAUUGAUGGGGAUGGUAGCUUCCUGAUGAACAUUCAAGAGUUGGCGAUGAUACGGAUCGAGAACCUCCCAGUGAAGGUCAUUGUGCUGAACAACCAGCAUUUGGGCAUGGUGAUGCAGUGGGAGGACAGGUUCUAUAAGGCCAAUCGAGCACACACGUACCUGGGAAACCCAGAGAACGAGAGCGAGAUAUAUCCAGACUUUGUCACAAUUGCCAGAGGCUUUAACAUCCCUGCGGUCCGUGUGGUGAAGAAGAGCCAAGUGCGUGCUGCCAUCAAAGAGAUGCUUGAGACACCAGGGCCGUACUUGCUGGACAUUGUUGUGCCGCACCAGGAACAUGUGUUGCCCAUGAUCCCAAGCGGUGGAGCUUUCAAGGACAUGAUCCUGGAUGGCGAUGGCCGGACUCGGUACUAGUCUUGAUCCUGGUAAAUGGUGUUCCCUUGCCUUGGCUCACAAAAUACAAGCUGUUAGAGUGGGAUGAUUCAAGCAUUGGGAGCGUAAUGUUUGUUUGUUCAGUUGCUAGGAUCUUAGCCUGUGAGACUUUAUGUUUUGCUAAUCGGUUUGUUCAUCGUGUUUGUUAUGGGCAAUCCUGGUUAGUUUGUACCUUGUACUCUACUUUAUUGUGCGUAGUUGUAUGGGAUCAUAAGCUAGUUAAAAGCUAUUAUGCUACUGUGUUGUCCUAAAUAAAUCCAUGCCCUUGUUUAACAAAGGCUUUAAGAGAAGAACAUGCUGUUGCUCCCUAUCAA